AUAAAAAAACGUCAGCAUAGGACGUGCCUUACAUGAGUUUGAAGAUCAGAGUUUAGGUAAAAUGGAUGAAUACCAAUAUCCGUUGUUCUUUGAGGCAAAAGAUCUGAAAGACAAGGAGAAGGGGAAAAUCAGAAGGUACUUUCAGAUAAAAAGAGAGUCUGGUGGAGGUGAUUGUGGGACGAUUGAAGAGGCAGAAGGCAACACUUAUAAGAUCUGUUUCAAGGAGAAAGAAGACCAGGAAAGGGUUUUGCUGAGGAAGUUUCACACCAUCUCCCUUCCUUGCGGAGAAGUUCGUCUGACAGUGAGCCGAUCGAUGCCAUCGGAGCCUGGCAACCCGCCGUCCUCCAUCUCGUCCCAGACAUUCCCAAAAGCAAACACAAAAUGCCUUGAGAAGGUUUUCCCGCUGGACCUUUUCCUCCUGUACUUCCUGAGAGACAGCCCAAAAGCUAAUAAAGUCUUACAGAAGCGACUAUCUUGUAUUGGCUGCACGGUGGAGUUGGACUUUGAUAACGAGGAGGCGGUGGUUAGGGGGGAUAUUGAGAAGGCCCCAGGAGGAGCCUUUGGUGUAGCAGAGAAAUGGGAGACACAGGUGGACCGGGUCUUCACCGGUGUCAAUGAGACCUACUGUUGCUAUACUGCGGUUGAGCCCAAAGAAGUCAAAAUGCUACAGCAGGACCCGUCCUUUGUGACAGGCGAUAUCAAAGCGUACAGUGAGAGCGGUUACGUCGUGGUCGUUGGAGAGGUUGAGGCGGUGAAUGAGAGGAUAUCUAUGGUCCAAAAGAGCAUGCCCACCCGGAAGGAAUUACCGAUUGCGGAGAAGCAGUUCAAACUGGUGAAAGAAGAGUUCGGUGGAGAAAUGUGUGCGUAUUACCCUGAAGUAAAAAUCCUGAUAGAACGCGGUAGGAUCACCUUGGAAGGCCCAAACAAGGAUGUGCAGUCGGGAGCUACAAAACUGGAAGAACUGAUGAAGAAGGUAAAGGAAAAGAGAGUCAAGCUCUGCUCGGCUGUGCUGAGCUUUAUAAAAUCCAGGGACGUCAUCCCCAAGUACGAGGACCGCUUCCAGCAAAGCCUCAGAAACCCCGUUUCCCUGGAGGCGGGGUCCGACCUGCUCCUGUCCAGUUUGUCCUCUGACGCCCUGGAUGAGGCCGAGGUGGCGGUGCGGAGAGACCUCGCCGCGGAAAAUCUGCAACUGCAGGGAGCCGCGGCCGUACCUUCGGAUCUGGACACUGUGAAGGAAAUCCUCAACAGAGCCAAGAACAGGGCCAACUCUCGAGAGUUCAGAGUGGACUUCGGCUUCGUCCCAGGACCCGUCGGAACCGCAGCCCCCGAAGUACAACUGGUGGGCUACAGUGAAGAUGUGAAAAAGCUCAAAGAGGUUCUGCAUGAAUACCAGAUCAACCAAGUCGGGACACAAGAAGUGCUGAAGCUACCACAUCCUGAACUGCUCAACUGUCUCAAUGAAUUUGUGAACCUGAUUGGCAUGAAGCAGACCGAGGUGACCUUAACGACCUCUUCUUAUCUUUACCCAUGUGUGCUUGUGUCUGGUCCCCGUUGUCUGGUCCAGGAGACCCAGCAGGCCCUGAGCUCAGCUCUGGACAGUCUGAUGGUAGACACGUUGGUUCUAGAUGGUCCAGGGGCUCAAAGGUACUUCCAAGCAGAGGGUAGAGUGGCCAAGGAGCUGGUAGAGAGCUCCUGUCAGGUUCUUAUCAGAGAACAGCAAAGUCUGCAGUGUCCAAGUGUGAUAAUUAAGCCACAAAGCACCAGAAGCCCGGGGAGCGCAGCGUUCCGACCUUUUCCGGGAGCAGGCAGCAUGGCUGCUGGGAGUAUCGUCAACAAGCCAAGUCUGGAGAUCGGGUUUGGCUUGUUGGAGGAUCAGCAGGUGAAUGCGUUAGUGGUUCCAAUGCUCAACCGGAAGCUGACUUCUACUAAAAUUGGCAAAAGCCUGUUGACUAAAGCCGGGAACGAAAUCCAGUGGAGGUUCGACUCGAUGGCAGCGAGUGGCGUCCUCCACCCCGGCGACGUUCUGCAGGUCGAUGCUCCUCCAUCUCUGGGCUGCUCCAAGCUCUUCUUCCUUGAGUGCUUGCCAUGGGAUGGAGUCAGUGGGAGCAGUGUGCAGGUGCUUGGCGCUGGGCUGAGGAGGUGCUUGGACCUUUGCGUACAGCAGGGCUUGUGCUCAGUGGCCUUCCCCAUUAUCGGACAUGGAAUAGUUUUGAGAUACCCGCUGAACGAAGCUGUUCAAGUGCUGGCCGACAACAUUCAGCAGUUUGGAUUAAAGGUGUCACCUGGCUCUCUUUCCACCAUCCACAUCGUCAUCAAACCAGACUCUCCUGACCCUGAGAAGGUGACUGUCAACACUCCGCGUUUCUUAGGACGGAGCCAUGGAUGAACUAUUGAUUGAAAUGAGUAAAGCUGCCGUUAUUUUUUACAGUGCUACACAGCAAAAACGUCAGUGUUAAUUCAACUCCCAUAGAGUCAAAUUUAACACUUUCCCUGAGUUUAUAUAAUCCUCACCAGUUCAGAGUUAAAUUUACACUUUGGACGGUGUUAAUAUUUUAACUCCAUAAUAGUGUUAAAAAUGUAACACUUAGAGUGUUGUUUCUUAACACAUUUAAGAGUAAUUUUUACACUAAACUGGGGUUAUUCCUUUUCACUGAGGGUGUUAAUUUCUAACAUUCACAGUGUUAUGUGAUGACACUUUAAAGUGUAUUUUUACAUCUAAAUCGUGUUACUCCCUUACUCUUAAAAGUGUUAAUUUAUAUCAUUCAGUGUUAUUUUACACUAAAGUGUAUUCAUCACAUUUGAUGUUCUGAACAUGCUUUUUCAUUACCAGAAAAAACAAGCAUUUGAUGAAUUAAUCUUUUUUAAUUACAAAUAUCCAAGCACCACACAACUGCACUCUAUGCACACUUACAGAGAACAUAAUGGUACAAUAUAAAAGGCACUGACUGGUAGCAUGCACUGCUUGACAUACAAAACAUUUAAACAUAUUCAUAUGUCAUUCAAAAGUUUUGCCCGCAACUCACA